AUGGCAGACAGGUUCACCAUUGAUUUCGAAACGUUUGUCGUGGACCGGGUAGUUAGCGAGGCCAGAUCAUUCGGCAAAACAAUAAAGCACCUCGAUAAUGGCUCCACCAAUUCUCGGCGCCAAUUCACGAGAAGAGAGCUAAAAGAGGUCGAGUCUCGAUUCCGCUCGCUCAAGGAGGAGAACACGCGUCAAUUAGAAGAGCUCAAAAGUUCAUUCAGCCAUUGCCGACAGACCGUCGAAACGGACGUUGUCAUAAACUUAAUCGAACGAAGUAUCAGCAGCGCCACUUCUGCGCUAUUGUGGAAUGGUGGACACUAUCGUGAGACAAUGGGGCUUGUGCGGAUCGAUCAGAUCUGGAUAGGCUGGCGCGCCCGCAUAAGUGGUCUCAUACUGAGGAAGUUUGGUGUAGAAUACCCAAUCCACUAUUCUCAGUAUAGAGUGGAUGUGAAUUGGAAGGAGAAGCUGGAGGCUUUUCAAGCCCUAGCACAAAAGGAAUCCAGGGAAGUUGGUAUAUUGCCUCAAGAAGGCCCGCAAAGUAACGCCCAAAGUGCAAAGAAUGAGAAAGAGUGGUUAACUCAAAUUUGUGUUCGCUUUGCACUGCUGGGUACGUUGGGUGGGUUGAGGGAGAAGUCGAUGGUUAUUCGUGCUGAAGGUACAGUUCAGCAUGGGUAUAUGGGGCGAAGUGAUACUUCUGCAGCUAGGGUACCUGUAGUCUUCAGAAGCGGCAAUAUGGGACUGGCUGUCGCUGUUGAGGCGCAAGCGUCAAUACUCGAACAAGACUUUGUUGCUGCAAGUCUUCAAAUUGUGUUCCUGGGGUUUUAG